AUAAACUUUGAACUUUCGGCGCGCGCGUGGUUAUCUUGAACCACUCCAUCCCCGGCCCUGCCCCCUUCCAAAAGAUCGGAGUUUGGCGGGAAAAUAAACGAUGGCGGCUACCCGUACUCACGCUCAGCUGUUUAAUAGCCAUGGGUUCGCGGUUAUGAGUGCUGCAGAAGAGUAUAACAUGUCCUAUGAAGACAGUGGUAUUCCCAGUGUGUGUGAAACGUUCAAAGAGGUGUUGGCUGAAUGUGAAUCCUGUGGCAUGAGAAAACCCCCAAUUUUAUUGAAGAAGUGUCGGCAGUUAAUUAAAGUCGGAGGACAUAACUCUAUGAGAGGUGAUAUCUGGAGAGUAUUUCUAGGAAUUUCUGAAACCAAAACCAGGACAAAUUUUGACUACAAAGGAAAUGUGGCAGAAUUGGGUGAGAGACUCAACAAGUGUGGUCUUACUGAAUCGACAUGUGAUGCGAAUAUUCGUAGAAUAAGUGCCCUUCUUGAUGGGCAAUAUCUACCACUUAGCGAAGAAGAUAUUAAAUGGCUCAGAAAUGCAAGACAGAUAAUGCUUGAUAUAGGUCGUACUUUCCCAACACACCGCCUCUACAUCGGUGAAACGAAAGAAAAAAUUUCUUUGCUUCGAGUGCUGAUGAUGUAUGCAAAGUUUAACACUUCUGUUGGAUAUUGCCAAGGAAUGGCAUACAUUGCAGCCCUCCUGCUAAUGCACAUGACAAAUGAAGAGGACGUGUUCUGGUCGAUUUUGACGAUAUUUGAUAGCGAAAAAUAUCUUGCCAGAUUCUACGACAGAAAGCUGUCAAGGAUGCAAACCUGUGGAGGAAUAUUUUCCCUUCUGUUGAAAGACAGGCAGACCAAGCUGGCUCAACAUUUGGUAGCUUAUACACACUGCAUGUAUAUACUCAGUAUAUUACAAAAAAGAGCUGGAGUUAGGUAUCUUUGAUGGUUUAAUUACCCCGGUCUGCUCCUACAUACUAAGUGUUGUUUGAGGUUUGCCUAUUGUGUUGAAUAUUUGAACCCCUAGCUUGGUAGCUCGGUUGGUAGAGCGCUCGCCUAGACAGCAGAGUGUCGUGGGUUCGAAUCCCUCCUAGUGCCGGGAAAUAAGAGCUGUCCUGGGUGUAGUAGACUUGUUUGCCUUUGCUUUGCUUGUUGCUGACAAUGUGUGGCGUGACUCUCGUCUUUGCACAUAUGAUCAUACGGAUGCCCAGAUACAACAUGAAUAAUAGAUUAGGGUGAAUGAGAUACGCAUUUGUGUGAGUAGUAUCAGUGAGCAUGAUUUAGUUCAUUUUGUCUACACAUGCUUUGUAUCGUGCACACAUACAUUAGGACUCACUCUCCAUCCAUCCACUCAUGUACAUCACAUCGUGGUUUAUGUGUCUCUUCACCACUCUACCAUGCUGGGACACGGUCCUCACCAUCUGUGACCUGAUCUUUUUGGAAGGAUAUCAACGUCUCUUUUGUGGAGCAUUAGCAAUACUGGAAGUGUGUUCAGGUAUGUCUUAUACGUAGUUGUAAAAUAGAGUGGGCCACCUUUUUAAA